CACUGAUUUAUAUUUUCCCUUGUCAAAGGACUGUUAAUAUUUUAAUCAUUUAAGCACUCCGAUCGCUACAUUUACAAAGUGCUUUGGUGAGUUGUAGUACAGACACCCGACAGGAUAAAAAGGAUUAUAAAUACAUUGAACAAUGACAUCGGCCUAAUAAUAGGAUAUUAUGGCUAAGUUUGAACGAACAAGGUCAUGGUAGUGGUAUCCUUGGACACAACAAUAUUGUGCGAUUGAUAACUAGAGUAUGCUUGUUCCUACGGUUGCUCAGUACCAUCAGACGACCAUAAUCGGUGCUUAUUUCUCUCAAAGAUGUUAUUUGGAACGCCACAAGCACAUUCACGUAGAGGUGGUUUUGGAGGACACAUCUGAAAAAAGUGAGAAAAAAGAUUGAAAUGGUUCAACAUGUGGCACUGAGUUAACACAAAACCAUAGUUUACAAACAAACACUGAGAGUUUUUUUCUUUGUGACUGUUCAAAGAAGAUAAAUAUGUCACAGAAUGGGAGUGACGAAGUGAAGCAAUUCAGGUGUGAAGUAUGUUCCAUUGACUUUAUGGAUAACCAGCAUUUACUGAGCCACAUGAAAAAACACAAGGGCGAGAAACCAUUUACAUGUGAAACAUGUGGCGCCGGAUUUUCUCAGCGAUGUCAUUUACAAUACCAUGUGCGCAGACACACGGGUGAGAAACCAUUCAAGUGUGAGACCUGUGAUGCAGCUUUUGCACAAGGAACUGAUUUACGAAAACACAUACGAAUACACACAGGGGAGAAGCCAUACAAGUGUGAUUCAUGUGAUGCGGCUUUUACUCAAAAGCAACACUUAAAAGGACACAUGAGGAUACACACUGGAGAAAAACCAUACAAGUGUGAGACAUGCAGUUCAGCUUUUGCACAUAAAAGCCAUUUACUGUUACACAUGACAAAACACACUGGUGAGAAGCCAUACAAGUGUCAAAUCUGUGAAAAUGGUUUUAAUCAAAAGUCAUAUUUACGAGUUCACAUGAGACUUCACACAGGAGAGAGGCCAUACAAAUGUGAGACAUGUGAAGCAGCUUUUAAUAAUAACUAUCUUUUAAAGGCUCACAUUCGAGUACACACUGGAGAAACACCGUUCAAGUGUGAAAUGUGUGCUAAGAACUUCUAUUCAAAGGCAAAUUUACAGGUUCACAUGCGUGUUCACACAGGGGAGAAGCCAUUCAAGUGUGACACAUGUGGCGAGGCUUUUAAUCAAAACCUUCAUUUGCUAGCGCACAUGAGAACACACACUGGAGAAAGGCCUCACAAGUGUCUUAUCUGUGAAAAAGGAUUUUCGCAGAGUACUCAUUUAAAGGUUCACAUGAGGCUCCACACAGGAGAGAAGCCGUACAAGUGUGAGACAUGUGGUGAAGCUUUUGUUAGGAAAAUUGUGUUAAAAAGACACAUGAAACUUCAUACAUAAAAGAAGGCAUUGCAGUUUCAGUUUACUCUUUGUUUGGAAUUUAUUAUAGCAUGUAUAAUUAUGCAUUUGCAGCUCGGCUGUUUUUUCAAAGAAAAAAGUUGAGUGAUUGUGGUUACGAGCCAUGGUGUUGUCUUCGUCAUGUAAGGUUGGCCUUAACUCCAAAAAUAUUAAGGGUACUCAAUUGCAUGUUGCCAGAGAAGGUACCGGGUAUUAACCAGUGCAUCAAUGCUCAUAAAAAACUCAUUUGAAUAGUUGUUGAGUUAUGCCGCUUUUUAGACAAAAAACAUGACGGUGUUUCCACCAGACCAUAUUCAUUCAUUCUGAUGACUGUUGGAGGAAAGACAAAGAAAAAAAUCUAUAUAAAACAUCUAUGAUCUAGUGUAGUAGGAAUUUGUCAUUUAUUUUUUAAAAUACACAUGUUUAGUGAUUUCAUGUACAUUUUCUACUGAUGUUAACACCCACACAGUUUUUAAAGGACUCAUGUUUUGGCACCAAAAUAUUUUAACCCCGGCAAUGCAUCUGAAAACACUUAUAUUAUGAAUUUUUUUCUCUUUGAUACCGAUAUUAAAUCUAUUUUACUCUUAGGUAUCAAAAUUGCAGAAGAAAUACACUUAAAGAUAAAGUAUAAAAAAAAUCUGUUUUAAUGGGAUGCGAUCCCAAGCUGUAACAGUCAAGGGAAAAUUAGAGACUGGCCAACAAAACAUUAAUCCCAAAAGGAUUUUACACAAACAUAAGGAUAAAUUAACCGUCCAGGCUUUUCUUGAACCAUGUUGCUUACACUAUUAAAAAUCGUGGGCUUUAAAGAUAAUAUAUGAUCAUAUAUCAACAUUUGUUGAAGUGUUCCAGCCAUUAGCAUCUUAGUUUUAACCCCCUAAUGAUUUACCAUACUUUAUUUUGUCAUACAAAGAUUAAGUGCAUUUUACAAAAACAUAAUAAAUUCCCUUUAAACAUCUUUGAUAUUAUUUUCUUCAGGUGUGGAUUCAAACCACAACCACCAAACUAUGUUAAAAUAGUUCAUUCCAAUAUUCUGAGGUUAUGACAACUCUUUAACCAGUGUUAAACCCUCAGUGAACUGUGUUUUACUGACAGUUUCAAGGCAGGAACUCCAUCAUGUAUCGAUAAAACUAUCUUUAUGCAUUUGUAGUCUGUGUGUGGUGUUCCACAAUGCACAUUUUAGUUUGUGUAUACUAUUCUGUAUAUUUUAAGCCCUGUCUAUGUACUUCUUAACAGGGUUUCUUCUUUAAUAUUUGACUAGAUGGGUUGUCCCAUUAGUUUUCCAUAUAUUUAAAAAGAAAUAAAUAACCAUUAGUACAUAUUAAAUGGAGAUGAUACAAUAAAAUUAUUAAAAUAUAUGUAUACACUUGUUUUUCAGUGUUCAAUGUCGAUGAUUAAAACAUGAUGUAUGAAUCAUUUAAGUUUGGUGUGUUAGAAAAGUGGUUCGUUUUAGUGAAGGGUAACAGUGUUAAUGAUUUAAGUAUGGUGUGUUAGUCAAGUGGUUCUGUUCAAUACGGGGUUACAAUGUUAAUGAUUUAAGUAUGAUAUGUUAGUCAAGUUGUUCUGUUCAGUAAUGGGUUACAAUGUUAAUGAUUUAAGUAUGAUGUGUUAGUCAAGUGGUUCUGUUCAGUAAUGGGUUACAAUGUUAAUGAUUUAAAUAUGAUGUAUUCGUCAAGUGGUUCUGUUCAGUAAUGGGUUACAAUGUUAAUGAUUUAAGUAUGAUGUGUUAGUCAAGUUGUUCUGUUCAGUAAUGGGUUACAAUGUUAAUAAUUUAAGUAUGAUGUGUUAGUCAAGUUGUUCUGUUCAGUAAAGGGUUACAAUGUAAAUGAUUUUUGUAUUUAUGAUGGGUGGAUUACCUAAGAUUAGAAAUAUUUCCGAAAUCAAUUGUAGUUACUUCCCUUUGAUUUGUACCUCAGUAACAGCAAACUAUACAAACAAUGAUAAUAUGAUAUGAAAACCGUUGCACGUGUUAAAAUAAAAAU